UUUGGCGAACAAUUGUUCCGCGGUUGAGAACACCUCGAAGACGUCAAAACAGGAGGAGGACAAAACAAGAUGGUGUUUGACGGAGAAGGCGUUGUUGUUUGUUAUUAUAGUUAAUUGGUCUGAAUCAGAACGUACAUAAAUGUCGUUUAAUAGAGCAAACGCCGUCAAUAACGGGUUGCAUCUGGAUACGUUGCUAGUUAGCUUAGCGUGUUAGCCGCUAACGAAGAGAGGCGGAAGUGAUCGAAACACAUCGCUAAGCAGAGAUCAAGUGUGAGUGUAAAGUGUUGUGAUUGUGUGAAAAUGCGUAAGUUACAAAUGCUGAGAGCGCUGGUGAAUCAGCGACUAACUGCCGCUGUUGAAGAAAUAUUUAUGAUGUUCGAAAGAACGAUAGCAGAGUACGAGGAGGAACUUUCUCGAACAAAAGAGGAGAAGGAGCGACAACGUCAACGACUGGACGCUGUUUUCAAGAAACAUCAAGUUGUGUUACACACAACAGACGUCCAGCAGCCCCCCCACAUUAAAGAGGAAGAGGAGGAAGUGUGGAUCACUCAGGAGGAAGAGUGUCUUCUAGGGCAGGAGAAGGCUGAUCUCACCAAGUUUCCACUGACUGUUGUCUCUGUGAAGACUGAAGACCAUGAAGACAAACCACCUGAGUCCUCACAGCUUCAUCACAGUCCAAACGUCUACGCAGAACGUCGUCAACAGGAGUGGAUCUUCAGGAUGGAGCAGGAGGAGCCCUCCCACUUUAAAGAGCAAGAUAUAUUGCCACAGGCCCCUCACAUUAAAAAUGAAGAGGAGGACUUAUUGACCGCCGACAUUAAAGAGGAAGAAGAGGAACACAGCAUCAGUCAGGAGGGAGAGCAUCAUGAAUGGUUGGAGGAGUUCCCAGUGAUUGGUGUCCCUGUGAAGAGUGAAGAUGAUGAGGUCAAAGAUGAGAGUGAGGAGAAGAGAGAGGUGGAGUCUCCAAGCAGCAGCUCAACUCAACACAUGACAACAGAAGCUGAUGGAGACCACUGUGGAGGAUCACAAGCAGACAAGCUCUUAGCUCCACUAUCAGAUAGUGAGGACACAACGUCACACUCUCCUGACACUGAUGAUGAAGACUCUAAAGAUGAUAAGACAUGUCACACUGACAACACACACUUCACAUGCUCUCUCUGCGACAAAACUUUUCAUCACCAUUGUCGUCUGAAAGUACACAUGAGAACACACACCGGAGAAAAACCUUUUUCUUGUUCAAUCUGCGGUAAAGGUUGUACUCAAAAGCACCAUUUGAAAACACACAUGAGAACACACACUGGAGAAAAACAGUUGAUCUGCUCAGUUUGUGGUAAAAGUUUUGUACAGAGUCAACAUUUGAACGUACACAUGAGAAUGCACACUGGAGAAAAACCUUUCACCUGCUCAGAAUGUGGUAAAUGUUUUUCACGCAAAUAUAGGUUGAAAGAACACAUGAGAAUACACACCGGGGAAAACCCUUAUACCUGUUCAAUCUGUGGUAAAGGUUUUGUAACAAGUACAAAUUUAAAAGUACACACGAGAAUGCACACUAGAGAAACACCAUUUUCUUGUUCAACCUGUGGUAAAUGUUUUGUAACCAGUACAAAUUUCAAAGUCCACAUGAGAAUGCACGCCAGAGAAAACACUUUCACCUGCUCAAUCUGUGGUAAAGGUUUUUUACAAAGUAACGAUUUGAAAAGACACGUGAGAACACACACUGGUGAAAAACCUUUUACCUGUUCCAUCUGUGGUAAGUAUUUUGUACAGAGUCAAUACUUGAAAGUGCACAUGAGAAUACACACUGGUGUAAAACCUUUUUCUUGUUCAAUCUGCGGUAAAGAUUUUACACAAAGACAAUGUUUGAAAAGACACAUGAGAAGACACACCGGAGAGAAAGUGUUGAGUUGCAGUGUGUGUGGUGAAAGUUUCUCUUAUAAGUACCAGUGUAAGAAACACAAGUGUGCUGGUGAGAACAGCAGCAGAAAAUGAAAUAAACUGUCAAAACGUUAACUUUGACUUUCUAACAUCGGCACAUAUAACAUGUGUGACAUCAUUGUUGUGUGUGUUACACCAGUGUUUUUCAACCACUGUGCCGCGGCACACUAGUGUGGCGUGAGAUACUGUCUGGUGUGCCGUGGGAGAUUAUCUAAUUUCACCUAUUUGGGUUAAAAAUAUUUUUUGCAAACCAGCAAUUGUAGUCUGCAAAUGAUGUGUUGUUGUUGAAUGUCGGUGCUGUCUAGUAGUGACGGGUUGAUGAGGCGUCAUGAAACGUUUCGAAACAUUGCAAAACUGUAUUGAUACUGUGUCGACACUGUGUCACUAAAUACUGACAUCUGCUGGACAUUAAAAAUCCCUACAAGCAACCUAUGGACCGACUCAACUGACACUGAUUUUAUGACCUAGUAUAUUGUUGCGUUUGGACCAGUUGUUCCUCCCAGGGAAUUCAAGUCACAAGUCGCUCCCAAGCUCUUUACGACACUUAAAGCUGAGUUGAAAAACCACCAGAGACAGAAUAGGUAUUUUGUAAUAUAUUUGCAAAGCUCUGCAUAUACAUUGAGACCAGUCCAGCAUAGAACAUUCAA